ACACCUUCAGGUCAGUUAAUUCUAUCAUUGAUUAAAGAAACGUAUCAGUCUUUGGGAAUUGAAGGAAAACUGUCUCACUUUAGUCAAAAGAAUAAAAAUCGCUACAAUAAUGCCUAGACAUCAUCAAGUAGCAUCUUUGCAAAGUUUAAGUGUGAAUGCAGUGGGAGACUUUGUUGUCUCACUUUCCUCCCAAAUUUUAAUCAACGUUAAAAAUGCUUCUGAUCCCCUAAAAUCAGCACAUGUUUUAAAAAGUUGGAUUAUUAAAUUGCAAUAUUACUUGGCUGACAGUAUUCCCUACUUCCUUUACAAUUCAGUAGCCUUCAAAGUUUUACAAUCAGUUAAAGAUCUUAUUGAAAAGACUAAAAAAACCUACGAUCAUCAUACACCAAUGUCUGUUUUUCUUAUGGAAAUGAAUGUAGUGGUGAGUUUAACAGAAACCAUUCUCACACCAAAUCUAAAAAAUAUCGAUUUCUCCGUUUGGCCGAAAAUGAUGCGAUAUGUAUUGUACAAACAUUUAGCACAGUUAACUGGUCUUGAAGUUUUAAAUUUGGGUUCCUGUACAGGUGGUUGGCGCACAGCUGAUAACGAUAGAUGUGUUAUCGAAGGAAUAACUAACAUGAAAAACCUGCGAUCGCUUUGCUUAUGUUUUGAUUGCUCAGAUACGAUUGUUCAAAAUAUUGGAGAAAACUGCCCUCAAUUACAAGUGCUCGAUAUAACAUCGUCUCGAUCAGUAACUGACCGUAGUAUAGUUUCACUACUCAAAUGUAACCAGCUACGAGAAUUGCAGUUACACAGAACUUCAGUGUCUGUUGAGGGUUACGCCCAACUUUUGACGAACCUCAAAAGAUUACAAGAUUUGGGACGUUGUGAUGAAUUUGGAGCUGUGAUAAAGUAUAUACACCAUAAUUACCAAGUUACUGGUCCAUUAGGUUUACGAAAAAUACAAACGCGGGAUUUGUCAACUGAGAAUUUACGUCUAUUAGUGGACAUGUGUCCUAAUUUAGAAUACAUAAGUCUUUUUCAUGACGAACAAACAUCCGACUUAACGAUUCUUGCGAUGCUUGAUAAUUUAAAGGAACUGAAACUUUUGUCCUGUGCUUUUUACACCGAUUUUUUAAAACAACUAUUGGAGAUUAGGGGCAUAAACCUUACAAGUUUACAUUUAGAGCACGUUGAAGAAAUAGAUUUGGAUGCGAUUGUAUCUAUUAGUCAGUACUGUCCGCUAUUAAAAAAUCUAGUCCUUUAUAAUUGUGAUUUUAUUGAUCAAAAUUCAUCAUAUGUUGAUAUGUUUAAUGUAAAGCCUUUUCGAUAUUUAGAAAGGAUUUUUUGGGUAGUAGAUUGCGCACUAACUCAUCUUGAAUUUUUACUUUUGAAUGCGUUGAAUAUUAAGUAUAUUCAUUUGGGAUCAUCUACAGGUAUCACACAUGCAUCUAUGGCAAAAAUUCUUGCCAACAAUCCGAUGAAGCGUUUGGAAGAAUUGAGAAUAUUGUACAGCAGUGAUAUGAAUAUUUGUACAGUUAAUAUGUUAUUGGAAAAUUGCACUAACUUGCGUGUUUUGUCUGAACUAGAAAGUUGGCAAGGUAUAACAAUGGAGGAAUUAAAGGAAUUUAGAACAUAUAUAAAAAUAAAUAAUUAUGACUUGGAUAUCAGUCCAACUCUCUCUUAUUAUACUUGCUACAGCCAAUGACUAAAGAUGUUAUUUUCAAUUGGUUAGUUUCGUACCGUUUAUUGUAUUCGUUUUUAAUAAAUGUUUUCCGUCUGUAUUCAUGGUGCAAUAUUUAAAAUAUGUAUGAUGUGUAAUAGUUAUAGUGGUAUCUAUUUUGAUUCUUAACGUAUGUCUUAUGUGAGCAGAAAUUUAUCACUUUAACAGGAAUAGACACUUGCAUUAAUGGGUUAACAGUAUUCAAUGUGGUUUAUUAUUACAUGGAUUAAAAAAUAAGAUCACCUAAAGGAAAAUUAUUGCAGUGCAUAAUGAAUGCAAUACGAUGAAAUGUUAAUUCAUAAAAAUGUAUUUAUGUUUUUAUAAAAUAUGUAAGAUUUGUAAUUUGUUUAUGGAAACUAAAAUCAUUAU